UUCUGUCACUUGAAAAGUUCCUCCAAAGAAUCUCCAAAACCAAUUCAAAUAAUUAUUCCUCGCAUUAGGAUAAUUUUCUAUUUAUUUUUUCCACAAAAAUUAAUUUAUCGUGGUCGAAUGCGAAUUUAGAAAUAAUUAUCUCGUCAGUAUUGUUGCUGAUAUUUAUAACAACGGAUGGAAUGAGUCGUGGAAUUUAUUAGUUUGUGGAGUUGAAGGACGAAAAUGACGAAAAAAUUUGAGUUCAACUGGCAAAUUGAGGUGCCAGAAUUUUUGAGAACUGGUGCGACAUUCGAUCGUUGGUAUGAGGAUAAGGAAACGACAGAGUAUGAACCCGAUGCGUUAUUCAAAGUCGAUGAAUAUGGAUUUUUCAUGUAUUGGAAGAGCGGCCCCAAGGAUGGAGAUGUUAUGGAAUUGGCGCAAGUGUGCGAUAUUCGGUAUGGAGGGACCCCAAAAGAUCCCAAAUUAUGUAAUAAAUUGAGUAAACAUGGAACCACAGAGCAAUUGGACGCAAAAAGUCUCACCGUGUGCUCUGGUUUGGAUUACACAAAUAUUCAUUACGAGCACAUUGUUCUGUCCAGCCCAGAACAAGCAAAGGAGUGGCAAUCAGGUUUACGAUUAAUAACGCACAAUACGAAAGCCAGCAAUGUCUGUCCGAUGACCCAAUUGAUGAAGCAUUGGAUGCGACUUCGUUUUUCUACCGAUCCCAAGGGAAAAAUCCCGGUCAAGGUCAUCGCGAAAACCUUUGCUUCCGGAAAAACUGAGAAACUCGUGUAUCAGUCUUUGUCGGAGGAGGGGCUUCCGAAUGGAAAAAGCGACAAAAUAGACGUCGAAGCUUUUACCCUCGAGAAAUUUAAAUCCCUGUACUUCAAAUUAUGUCCUAGGAAUGACAUUGAGGAAUUAUUCUCGAGCAUAACAUCCGGUAAAAAUGAUGCGAUCAGUUUAUCCUCACUUGUGAAUUUUAUGAAUGAGAAGCAGAGGGAUCCCAUGCUCAAUGAAAUUCUGUAUCCCCUGUAUGAUGAGAAGAGGUGUACAGAAAUAAUUAAUGAUUACGAGCCAGAUGAAACCAUGAGAACAGCCAAAAAAAUGUCGAAGGAUGGAUUCGUCAAGUACUUGAUGAGCGACGAGAAUGCUCCAGUCUUUUUGGACAAACUGGAGGAGUGGAUGGACAUGGAUCAACCUCUGUCCCAUUACUACAUCAAUUCCAGUCAUAACACUUAUCUGAGUGGUCGUCAGAUCGGUGGAAAAAGUACUGUAGAAAUGUAUCGACAAGUUUUACUAGCCGGUUGUAGAUGCGUCGAGUUGGACUGCUGGGAUGGAAAAGGUGAGGACGAGGAGCCUAUAAUAACUCAUGGAAAAGCCAUGUGCACAGACAUCCUCUUCAAGGAUGUGAUUGUCGCACUGAGAGAUUGCGCAUUCGUUACGAGUGAUUAUCCAGUAAUCCUGAGCUUCGAGAAUCACUGCUGCCUGAAGCAACAGUACAAGCUGGCGAAAUAUUGUAACGACAUUCUUGGAGAUCUGCUGAUGACUGAACCACUCAAAGAUCAUCCGUUGGAACCAGGAUCACCCCUGCCUCCCCCCAGUGCGCUCAAGCGGAAAAUUCUCAUCAAGAACAAGCGUCUUAAACCGGAAGUGGAGAAGGUCGAGUUAGAGUUGUUUAAGUCGGGCCAAUUCGAGGCUAAGGACGAGGUGGUGGAGGAUCCUAAUGCUCCUCCCUCUGAGGCACCUCCACCAGAAGCUGCAGCACCACCACCUGGUGAAGGUGGUGAGGGGCCACCGGGGGAAGGGGGUGACGCCGCGGUCGCGACCCCCUACAGUGGCAGCACCAUGGCCUGUCAUCCCUGGUUAUCAUCAAUGAUUAAUUAUGCCCAGCCGAUAAAAUUUCAAGGGUUUGACGUCGCCGAAAAGAAAAAUAUCCAUCAUAACAUGAGCUCAUUCUCGGAGACAGCAGCCCUCAACUAUCUGAAGACAUCAGCAGUGGAAUUUGUUAAUUACAAUAAGCGACAGAUGAGUAGAAUAUAUCCAAAGGGUACCAGAGCUGAUUCCUCGAAUUAUAUGCCUCAGGUGUUCUGGAAUGCCGGCUCACAGAUGGUUGCAUUGAACUUUCAAACGCCAGAUUUACCCAUGCAACUUAAUCAGGGAAAAUUUGAGUUCAAUGGAACAACUGGGUACUUGUUGAAGCCGGAGUUCAUGAGGAGAGCUGACAAAACGUUUGAUCCAUUCGCAGAGGGGGUGGACGGUGUUAUCGCAGCUUCCUGCUCUGUCCAGGUCAUAGCUGGACAAUUUUUAUCUGACAAGAAAGUCGGGACCUACGUCGAAGUUGAUAUGUACGGUCUACCAGCUGAUACAAUCAAAAAAGAAUUUCGCACGCGUAUGAUUCCAGCGAAUGGUCUCAAUCCCGUCUAUAACGAAGAGCCAUUUGUUUUUCGUAAGGUAGUUCUUCCGGAUCUCGCUGUUCUUCGGUUUGGGGUCUAUGAUGAAAGUGGAAAACUUCUCGGCCAGAGGAUUCUACCCCUCGAUGGAUUGCAAGCCGGAUAUCGCCACAUUUCCCUCAAGACCGAAGCCAACUUUCCGAUGGCACUUCCCAUGCUGUUCUGCAAUAUUGAAAUCAAAAUUUAUGUUCCCGAUGGGUUUGGAGACUUUAUGGCGAUGCUGUCGGAUCCCGGUGGUUUUGCAAAAGCAGCGGAGAAGCAAGCGGAGAACAUGAAGAACCUCGGAAUUCAACAGACCGAGCAGAAGAAGAAGGAGGAGGGACCCAAAUGGGAGGAAUUCAAGCCCGAGCCAAUUACUCUGGAUUCAUUGAGGCGUGAAAAGGCAUACAAACUCGGUAAAAAGCAGAGUAAGGAGUUGGAUUCACUGAAGAAGAAGCAGAAGAAGGAGAAAGAGACUAUGUUAAAGGCCCAUUGUACAGCUAUGGAAAAAUUGACCAAGGGAAAGGAUAAAAAUGCCAUAUUGGCCGACGCUAAUGUGAAAAAAGUCGUUAAAGAACAGACCCAGCAGUGGUCCGAGAUGAUGGGAAAGCACAGAAAGGAAGAGUGGGAAAUGCAUAAGGCCCACAUCACUGCUGGCAAAGACGAGUUCAAGAGAGUUAUGGAGAUCGUUCAGGCUGGGCAGUUGAAACAAUUGCAGAUUAAACAGGACAAGGAUUCCAAGGACUUGAAUGCAAGUCAAGCGAAGGUGAAUGCCGAGACAGCGAAAGACGUUGCCAACGACAAAGCAUUAAAAACUAAAGGUGACAAGGAGCGACGACUUCGUGAGAAGAAGCAGAAUAACAUAAAGAAAUUUACGGAGGAGAGGAAAACAUUGGGAAUUAGGCAGGAUCGAGAGUCCGGUAAGAUAAAGACACUCCAUGAGAAGCAGAUUGCGGAUUUGGAGAAGACAAUCGAGUGCACUUUCGAGAGGUACAAUCACGCUGCCAUGAAUUACGAGAUGUCGUCGAAAUUCGAGUUUAUGGUGUAAUGACUAUCGAUUGUCCAGUUAUUGAAUUCACCGAUAAUUCAUAAAUAAAAUUUCGAAUUUUGAUUAUGAGUUUCAGUUGGAAUUCUGCAUUUAAUCAGAUGAGUUUAUGUCGAAUAAUGGAUUUUCAAACUAAUCGAGAUCUCGAACCAAAAGUCGCUUUGUAUCGAUCAUUUCUCGAUGGAAUUCAGCUUUCUGUUGAAUCACUCUUCGAGAUAUUCUGAAGAAUGUGAAUGAAUGCCAGAUGCAGAAAUAAUCGCUGUUACCAAUAGCCGAUUUCUGAUUCGAUUUAUGAGUCAUGUAGCCAGUUGUUUUAAAAUACUCAAGUUCUGGAGGCAAUGUGAUGAUAAUAAAA